AUGGAGGAAUUCACGGAACAAGAAGAUGGAUUUGCUGACGAUGAUUUGUUAUCUCCAGAUGAAAUUAAAGGUAAGUUUACAUUCUUUGUGUACAUUCUGUUUUUAGCUCUGAAGAUAUCGGAUAAUCGAGGCGAAGGGAAUAUGUCGAGAUCAUUCUUGGAGCGGGACAAUUUUGAGAACGAACUUGGGAUUGAAGUGGAUGAUCCGUUUGGGGAAGAUUUUGGGGACAUCCAUCGGCAUGAGAUUGUGUCCGUGAUUGGGGAAGGAGACCUGGUUAGUCGACCAGUCAUUAUGAUCUAUGCAUAUCGGUUACCGUCGAACAAGAACUUUAAUCAUGAGAAAUUUCUGAGGUAAGACAUCUAAAAAAUGUAACCUUUAUUUGCUUAUAGAUACUUAAUGAAAACACUAGAUCGAGUAGUAGAUCUCGAUUAUACUAUUGUCUACUUCCAUUACGGCCUAAGAAGUCACAAUAAACCGCCACUCAAAUGGCUUGUGCAAACAUAUCAGAUGUUAGAUCGAAGAUAUAAAAAGAAUCUGAAGGCCUUGUAUCUUGUGCAUCCUACCAGAUUCAUCAGAAUUGCCUGGAAGAUAUUCCAACCGUUCAUAUCAUACAAGUUUGAGAGGAAGGUCCAUUAUGUAAACUAUGUUUAUGAGCUGAAAACGGAUUUAAGGGUCGCCAAUCUGAAUAUUCCACAACCAAUCUUGGAGUGAGUUCAAUAUAAGCUUUUUUAUUCUUGAUUUUAGUCAUGAUGACAAUCUCCGAUCGUCACAGGUCCAAUCGUCAUCCGCCUCCUCAUCACCCGUCCAGCCACCUCGGCCCACUCAACAGUUUGAUGUGUCAUUAGAAUUGUAAGAAAACUAUUCAAUAAUCUAAAAUAAUUUUAGUAUUCUAAACCACAACCCUGACUGUGAUAUUCCACCAAUUGUGACAGAUAUAUUGGACUUUCUUUAUGAACACGGUCUUGAUGUUGAAGGGAUAUUCAGAAGAUCUGCCGAGAUCUCAACGAUACGAAAUCUGCAGAAUCGAAUAAAUAAAGGGGAGAAGAUCGAUUUCUUAAAUGAUCCGGAGUAUAAAGGCCGAAUUCAGAAAGCUGUUAUCGAUGCUUCUGUUCUCUUGAAGACCUUUUUCCGAUCAAUGGGAGAACCUGUGAUUACAAAUAAUCUGUAUGGAGAAGUUGUGAGGAUAAGCAGUAAGUCAAUCGUAUGUUUUAAAUUUGUUUACUAUUUUAUGCAAAUUGCUGUUUGUUUCCUAUUUUCAGAUGUGGAGAAGGAGAAGAAAACAGAAGCAAUAAAAGCCUUUGUCAAGAAAUUACCCCGGGAAAACUUCGUUCUUCUCAAGGUCGUGUCGAAGUUCUUGACGAAAGUCGCCGAGAACAGCAAGGUAAAUCUGAUGGAUGCCAACAAUUUGAGUGUUGUAUUUGGCCCGAAUUUCACUUGGCCCACAGAUCAACAAGUACCGAUCAACCAAUUACACAACUUAAAUAACUUCUGUUACAAAUUGAUAACAGAAUACGAUCAGAUCUUCGAGUGAUUACUCUUGUUUAUUUGGGUGGUAGUAUGCCUUACGAUAAGUACGGUAUUUUGUUUUGCUUUUAUCUUUGCCUGUUUCUACCCUAAGAAUCUGUGAUAUUAUGAAUACGUAAAGAAUAUCUCUAAGAUGAAAUUAAAGGAAGUCUUAUUUUUGCUCGGGCUGAGUGUCAAAUUUGAAUUGCGGGAGAGGUCGUCGCUCAAUUUCACGCUAAAGACGGCGUGACCCGAGGCCCAUUCGAAGCGGGCCGUCCUUUCCUCGCUCAUUAUAGUACUGGCUUCUAAACAGCUGCAAGAAGUAUGUAUUUAAAAAUUGCGGAAGUGCCGAAAGCUGCUCAAGUCUAUAGUUUCGGUCUGCCCGUCUCUGCUUCGGACAUUACAUGGGAAUGACGGUAGAAGUAUAAUUGUCCCCAGAUUUCCCUCAUAUUAUCAUUCACUGGCUUCUUCCCGUCCCCUCUUCCCUCGUUAAUUAAUUUUGAAUAGAAACCCCAAGAAAUGUUGUCCCAGACAUGAGCUUGUGUUUAGUUUAGGGUGGGCGGAGUCGGGCCUUCAACUGACUUACAACAAUGUGGAUAG